GGCCUCCUCCCUCCCCCGAGGGGCGCGUCCGUGUCCUCGGCGGCCUAACGUCGCCCGCCGGCCGGUCAGCGCGCUGGGCCUGGUUUCCGCUGCCUCCCCCGGACCACUUAGUCUCCACCCGGGUGUGGUUUCCACUACUAGAGAAUGAAACAUGACUGAGGACUCUCAGAGAAACUUCCGUUCAGUAUAUUAUGAGAAAGUGGGGUUUCGUGGAGUUGAAGAAAAGAAAUCAUUGGAAAUUCUCCUAAAAGAUGACCGACUGGAUAUUGAGAAACUUUGUACUUUUAGUCAGAGAUUCCCUCUCCCGUCCAUGUACCGUGCGCUGGUGUGGAAGGUGCUUCUAGGGAUCCUGCCUCCGCACCACGAAUCCCAUGCCCAGGUGAUGAUGUAUCACAAGGAGCAGUACUGUGAUGUCCUUCAUGCCCUGGAAGUUGUUCGCUUUGUCAGCGAUGCCACACCUCAGGUUGAAGUCUAUCUCCGCAUGUAUCAGCUGGAGUCUGGGAAGUUGCCUCGAAGUCCCUCCUUUCCACUGGAGCCAGAAGAUGAAGUAUUUCUUGCCAUUGCCAAAGCCGUGGAAGAGAUGGUAGAGGAUAGUGUCGACUGUUACUGGAUCAUCCGAUGCUUUGUGAACCAAUUAAAUAAUAAGUACCGGGAGUUUUUACCCCAGCUGCCAAAGGCUUUUGAACAAUACUUGAAUCUGGAAGAUAGCCGUUUGCUGAGUCAUCUGAAGACGUGUUCCGCGCUGUCCAGACUUCCUUAUGAUCUCUGGUUCAAGAGGUGCUUCGCAGGGUGCUUGCCUGAAUCCAGUUUACAGAGGGUUUGGGAUAAAGUUGUAAGUGGAUCCUGUAAGAUCCUAGUUUUUGUAGCUGUGGAAAUUUUAUUAACCUUUAAAAUAAAAGUAAUGGCUCUGAACAGUGCAGAGAAGAUAACAAAGUUUCUGGAAAAUAUUCCCCGGGACAGCUCGGACGCGAUUGUGAGCAAGGCCAUCGAUUUGUGGCACAAGCACUGCGGGACCCCAGUGCACUCAGCCUGACGGCUCCCUGCGCCCUCGGCCUACCAGGCCGCCGCCCACUGCACUCACUGAAAAUCCCGUUCUUGCUUUGGUGCUCAAAGCGUCACUUUUCCCCAGGACAAUUAUUUAAGAUACCUGGUGACACUGUUAGGAGCAGCAACUUGUGGUUACACAGAAGUACAAAGCUCAACUCCGAAUAGCAUUUAAAAGGGUUAUUCAGAAAUACCUCCCUGUUUUCCAAGCAUCAGCCAGGAAGGGUGGGUGCUUUGAUAGGCAAGCCUGCCCUGCUCCUCUCUAAUUAGCACCACGCUCGUUACUUUCUAAAGCUAUUUCUGGAAUAAAGAACAACUUCCUUUUGCGGACAA